UAUUUCAAGUCAUUAUAUCAAGUGCCAUUUCAUGACAAAGCCGAAAUUGGGACUAAAGAUAUAGGAGAUGUUGAGUGGAACCCCAGUGGAACACGAAUUGGAUAUUCGAGAAUGAACAAUACGUUGAUUAUCAAAGAGUUUCGAAACCAGCAUAGUUCACAAGUUUUGAAUACUUAUAUUAUUGAUAAGCCACAUGCGAAUCCAAUUGAGGAAAUGAGCUGGCAUCCGUUUAGUGAUUCAACAUUGAUUACCGUUGGCAGAGAUGAGUAUGUUAAGAUUUGGAAUACGAAAACACUGAAGUUGAUUUAUCAAAUCAAGAUCAAGGGGAAUUGUUAUUUGGUAAAGUAUUCAAACGACGGAAGAUUUAUCAUGACGACCAGCAGUUAUUAUAACGAGAAGAUCAAAAGCAAUGAGUAUUACUUGAGUUUGGUUAAUGUGAAAAGAGGGUAUGAGGUUGUGCGAGUGCACAAGUUGGAGCAAAAGAUCUAUGAUUCAAUAUGGACCAACUCGUCGAACGCAAUUAUCUUUGGGUGUCUUGAUGGAUCUGUUCCCAUGUACAAGGUGGACGAAGAAACUGGGGAUAUUGUAAAGAUAUUCAGUUUUGAGGGCCAUAUGUCGACGGUUAAUUGUUUGGCGUUCGACACGAAGGGCCGGUACUUGGUGACCGGGGGUCACGAGGGGGUGAUAGCGAUCUGGUCGAUGAAGAGUUUGUCGUGCAUCAAGACAUUGGCAAUGGUGGACGAACCGGUGAUGAGCUUGGAUUUGUCGAGGGAAGGGUCGUACUGCGUGGCGACGUUCCAGGGCAACGAGUGUGGACGAGUGUUCCAUAUCGACGAGAGUGAGGAAACGUUCAAGAUCGAGAAAAACAGGUCGACCAACAAUGCGUUUGCCAAAGUCCGAUUCCAUCCCAAGCAGUCGACGUUUGUUUACACCACGUACGACGGAGUGUUGACGAACUUGAUGAAGCGA